AUGCACACGGAUGUGGUGCUGGUUUACCUGCUAGUUUGGAUGGUCGGUGUGUCCGGGCAAAUACUGCAACAAUGCAGACACAGAUCAAAAAGAGAAAUGUCUCCAACAGAAGGAUCCAGUCGCAAUAUUGGCAGUACCAUGUUCAAGAGGAGUCCUGAUUUAACUAAAGCCCGGGGUACAAAGUCAGAGCAGCUGCUGAGGAUCGACGACCAUGACUUUACAAUGCGACCAGGAUUUGGAGGGCCUGCGGUCCCUGUUGGAGUGGAUGUUCAGGUUGAAAGUUUGGAUGCCAUUUCAGAAGUCGAUAUGGACUUUACUAUGACCCUGUAUCUGAGGCACUACUGGAAAGAUGAACGUCUGUCCUUUAGAAGCAACAACAACCUGAGCAUGACGUUCGAUAGCCGCCUGGUGAAGAAAAUCUGGGUACCUGACAUGUUUUUUGUCCACUCUAAGAAGUCCUUCACCCAUGACACGACCACUGACAACGUCAUGCUGCGACUUUACCCAGAUGGCAAAGUCCUCUACAGCCUCCGGGUGACAGUCACAUCCAUGUGCAGCAUGGAUCUAAGUCGCUUUCCUCUCGACACACAGACAUGCUCUUUGGAGAUAGAGAGCUAUGCGUAUACAGAUGAUGACCUCAUGCUCUACUGGAAGAAAGGUAACAGGUCAUUAAACACAGACGAGAGAAUUUCUCUCUCCCAGUUCCUCAUCCAGGAGUUCCACACCACCACCAAGCUGGCGUUCUACAGCAGCACAGGCUGGUACAACCGUCUAUACAUCAACUUCACUCUGCGGCGUCACGUCUUCUUUUUCCUGCUGCAGACCUACUUCCCGGCCACUCUGAUGGUCAUGCUGUCCUGGGUGUCCUUCUGGAUCGACCGCAGGGCCGUCCCUGCCAGAGUGCCACUAGGUAUAACUACGGUGCUCACCAUGUCCACCAUUAUCACUGGAGUCAAUGCCUCCAUGCCCCGGGUGUCGUACAUCAAAGCUGUGGACAUUUACCUGUGGGUCAGUUUUGUCUUUGUGUUCCUGUCGGUGAUCGAGUACGCUGCCGUCAACUACCUGUCUACUCUAGAAGAACGCAAGGAGAAGGCACUCCGAGAGAGGCUGGCAUGUACUUGCGGUAUGGCCCAUCCUGGCAUGAUGUCAGCCAGCUACAGUGAGGUGAAUGCCAACACAACAGGGAACUAUGGCAUGCCAGAAGUGAAUGGGGUGAAACAGGAGAGGAUGCUGGUGGAGCUGGCAAUGGAGAACGACCAGGUCACUGGCCAUGUUGGCUCCAAUGCCUACAGCAAUGUCUGGAUCGACACGCAUGUCAUAGACAAGUACUCCCGGUUCCUCUUUCCUGGAUCUUACAUACUAUUCAACAUCAUCUACUGGUCUAUUUACUCCUAACACAGAUAUGACUCAAACAGACCUGUGGGUAACCGAGUUCUGAACACUUCAAGCUAAAGUGUGAAAAAUCUGUGAAGACUUGGGUUCUCAGCUUGCAGAUUAAAGCUUUUUUGUCUUCACAUUUGAAAGAAAGAAGAUAGAAUACUUCAAUUGAAAAAAAAAAAAAAACUGGUACACAUCAGACCUAACUCCCCAAACACAUCCUACUUCACCUCGGCCGUUGAACCACGGGGAAUGUGGAACAGGAGCAUUGAUCAGCUAAUCAAAGAACAACAACUACCCAAUGUGGCUUCACCUUGAUGUGGUUUGUGUUCCCUAAUGUGUCCUUUUAGGACGUUGAAUGUUUGUCAUGGUGCAGCUGUGUGUGGAAAUUUGGAAUUU